GAGGGAAGGAAAGGGUGUGUGUGUGGGGUCCUCCAUGGCGCAGGCGGCCCCUCUCAACCUGCUGGAGCCCGGCAGCGCCGGCGGCGGUGGCUUCCCCAUCCAGGUGGAGCACGAUCGGAAGCGGAGGCAGUUCACCGUCCGCUUGAACGGCUGCCAUGAUAAAGCUGUCCUGUUGUAUGAAUACGUAGGGAAGAGGGUGGUGGAUCUUCAGCACACGGAAGUCCCAGAUACCUACAGGGGCAGAGGAAUCGCAAAACACCUGGCCAAGGCCGCCUUGGACUUUGUGGUGGAGGAAGAUUUGAAAGCCCACCUCACGUGUUGGUAUAUCCAGAAAUACGUCAAGGAAAACCCCCUGCCACAAUAUCUGGAACGUUUACAGUCUUAACACAGAACCUUGCUUGGGAGAUGGCAGCCAGGCCUGCUAGGGACUUGCCUUGGCCUCCAAGCUGUCCCGGGGGACCCCUCACACCUCCCUCUGUACAUGCUCAGAGGUCCUACUGUUGAAAAAGACCAGAUGGCAUGAUUUCUCAACCAUGCUUCCAAGCCGUUUCGGCCGACCGUGAAUUUCACAGUUUGCAUUUGCCUUUUUGUUGUGUCAGUGAAACCCUCAGGGGCAACAUUCAACCUCCUUGCCAGUUGGGUGCACUUUGGGCAGCGUAGAAGGCAUGGGGGUGGCUCUGGUUUCCAACGAGGGCUGAGCUGAAGGAAGUCUACUGGGUCCUCUAUUCUCCGGGAGCAGCAUGGACAAGAUAAGACACCGAGCUUCCUGGGCCUCUGAGGGCAUCUUUGAACCCUGGGCUAGGUUUCAAAGCAGGCUAAGCUUGGCUAAGCUUGGAGCCUUUAGCAAGAGGUGAAAUAAAUGUUGCUUCUUCCGCCGUGCGCUCUCACUACAGACUGACGUAAAGAGAGGACUUUUUCUCACUGGGGCACUUGCUCAACGGAGCUCGCCAAGGGAAACAUGGCAAUGUGUUGGGUGUUUUGGGCUGACGGUGUGCACAGGAGAUGUUUAGGUGGCUUCUACGGACAUUUUGAGGAAGGGGCUGGUGUGGCUAUUUUAUCGCAUUUUGGGUGGGAACCUCCCUUCCCUUCUCAAUCUCCUUGGGUGGGGAAUGUUUCCUGUCAUUAUAUGGAGGAAGAAGACGAAGCAAGGGGCUAAGAAGGAUGGACCCGAGGAAGGGAAGAGUGUUGGGCAUCUGCUGAACAAAACGAUGGGCAUCUCCAACCAGAAAAGAGUCUUUUUCUUCUGGAGCUGUUUAAAAACAAAAACAAAACCAUGGAUCCAUAAUGCAGAUAGCGUAGGUGAGGUGGAAUCCUACAAACGGAACGGCUAGGGAUUGUCUGGGGCUGAAACGGGAAAUGCAGCUAGAACUUAGAAGGUCUUCUUUGAGAUGAGUUGGCUUGCACUAGUUUAAGAAAAGAGGGAGUGAAACCAAGUGUGGAGGAGUCCACUCCAGGCAGGGAAAACGUUGGAUUUCUAGCUUUGAUUGAACAUCUUCAUUUCUUCAGCCCUUCGGUUCUGGCGAGGAUAGCUGGGGAUCCUUGGAAGAAUAGGUCUGAAAGAUAAGAGAGCGCCCCUGAUAGGGUUAUUUAAACUAGGAAUGUCCAACCUUGGCAAGUUUUAAGACCUGUGGGAAU